GGGAGCAACAAAAAAUGAUAACCGACUUUUUAUUGGCGUUUUCAAUUUUGGCAGUCUCCACCACUCUUGGCGUGUCAAAUCUCAACAAACAGUGCAGGGAUCUGUUGCAGUGCUCAAUUCAGAAGAAAUGUGUGAAUCUGCCCGUUCUCUCGAAGCUAGUCGAUGGCAAGAACAUCUCUGCGGAAAUGUACGACGAUAUUGAUAAGUAUACGGACUAUGGUUGCAUUUUUACCACUGGUUGCCAGGACGAGUGUAACGAUUGCCCGUUGUGUUUGACGUCCAAACUGCAAAUCGUCGACAUUUUGUCGGGAGAGAAAUCGUCGGCUGAAUGUCCCACUCUGAUGGACUGUGCCUUAAAAUGUGUUGCCGAAUCGAAUCAAGACAUUUUCCAAAUCAAUAAGUGCCUACGACAGGACUGUGCUUUCCACUGUUUCGAUGGCUCUUGCCCAAAGUGCUCAGGGUUCAUUACAAGAGUGUUCAACCAAAUGUGCGCGGCCGGAAACUUCCGCCAGAAAAUCAAGGGCUACUCAGGACCGUGCUACGAGAUGUUCCACGAAAUUGUGCGCGCCAAGUUUGCCGACCGGUUCGAGAAGAAUGGAAAAACACGAGGACACAGUGGAUAGAGUUAUUUUGAUUUAUUGUUGAUUUACAUAAUUUUCCAAUUGUACAUAUAUUUUUUGAGAAAAAAAAUUCAAAGC